AUGUCUACUGGAGAUCGAUUAACAAAUGAUUCAGAAGAAAUUCGAUUGAGAAUUGAUGCAAUGCAUGAAAUCUUUCCCAAUCUCACCGAAGAUCAAAUCCGGCCGUUUGUCAAUUUGACUGAGGAUGAGCUCUACGAGAAAUUGCUGGAGAUAUCGGAAAAUGAAGAUCAAGCUGGAACAUCGACAAAUGAUCGAACGAUUGGAAAAAGCUCGAGAAGAAAGCACCAGAAGAAUUCAAAGAUUUCUUCUGGAGAUGAAAUGAUAAAUGAUUCAGAAGAAAUUCGGCUGAAAAUCGAUGCAAUGCAUGAAAUCUUUCCCAAUCUAACCGAAGAUCAAAUCCGACCAUUUGCCAACUUGACCGAGGAUGAGCUCUACGAGAAAUUGCUGAAGAUAUCGGAAAAUGAUGAUCAAGCCGGAACAUUAACAAAUAAACGAAUAAACGAAGAAAGCUUGAGCUUUUCAUCGACUUCUCAACAACAACAGCGAGUAAAUAGAAACAAUCACGAAGAUCAACUCUUCAAGAAGGAGCAAAUUGCUGAAGCUUUAUGGUCAGAAUUGCUGAAAAUAGAACGACGUCACACAAAUGAUGAGAUUAAAGAGACUCCAUCAAAAGAAGAGAUUAUAAAAAUUGGAUUGUUCUUCCGGGAUCGAUAUCCAAGGCUUCGGAUGGGCACAAUCUAUGAAUUGCUGAAGAAACGCGACUUUUUCGAGUGUUCUCUCAUUUUGGGUCUUUGCGAUUAUGGAUUGGAAGAGAGAUUGAGAAAAUCUCAGUUUUUGCCUUCAAAAUCUGUCGCUCCGGUUUUCAACGAGAAUCACAAAAGUCGAGAGCUUGAAGCCAAAAAUGCGAAUUGGGUCGAUUUGCCAAAAUUCGCUCUGAAUAUGUGGAAAUCCUAUCAAGCAAUCAUCAAGAAUACGAUUUCGAGUUACGAGCAAGCGAUGUGCUUUAAAUGUUCAGCGUGUCGCGAACGCUUUGAGACGAAAAACGCAAUCUCGUGCCAUUCUCUAGUGAGAAAUCAUAAAAAGGAAGUCUUUUCUCUAGAAUCCCAUUCCUUUUGUGUUCGUUGUGUUGAAGCUCAUGCUAGCACGGCAAAUGCCUACAUUGCGGCAGUAGGUAUUGGGGUGAAAUGUCUUCGCCACGAGUGUGAUGGAGUGAUUUUUGAAGCUCACGUGACGCCGAUUUUGACGGAAAGUCAGCAAAAUGCGUUCACCAAGAAACUGUUAAAAGUCGCGCUUGAUCAGGCACAUUUGGAGAACCUUGAGAGAUGCCAACACUGUGAAUUCGCAGUGGUAAUUGAGGCUGCCAAAGAGGUGCAUUCCGUGUUUCGAUGUAAGAAUCCGAAGUGUGGAUACAAGUUUUGCAGACUUUGCGAAAAAGAUUACAACGAGCGCCACGAGGGAAAGAAAUGCGAUCAAGUGAUGAAUGCGGACACGGCUCACGUCUUCAAUUUUCUCUUCUUUCACGCAAAUGUGUCGCCUCACCGGAAUUUGAUUUGUCGACCGGACCCACUCAAAGAUCAAGCGCUUGCGAUAAGUGGCAUCGAACACUUGAACGGGGCUUUAACCGGCUAUUGCACUCGAUGCGUUUUCUCGACUUGGGAGAUUUUCGAGCUUUUUCUGCGAAACAAGCACACAAUGGACAAAGCGAAUCUUCUUUUAUGGUUAUCGAAGCGUUUGCCCGUAAUGUGUCGUCUUCCACCUCGUUUCCGGGUAAAAUCCGUUAAAACCGAAAAUCAAUACGUUCUACCGCCCGUUUCCACUGAAAAGGAGGCACGAUUUAAGGAAUGCUUGAAAAACGCUGGUGGACAAAGUUUCUUCGCUUUUCAUGGAAGUCCCGUGGAGAAUUGGUAUAAAAUCCUGUCCGAAGGUCUGAUGGUUGCUAGUGGAACGGUAUAUCAACUUUCUGGAGCUUCAUUUGGAGCUGGUAUCUACCUUGGCAAAGAUGCGGUCACCUCGCAAGGGUAUUCGCAGAAAAAUCAUUCAAAAAUGCGAUUUAAUGCGACUCAACCGUACGAUAUGAAGAGCCCAUGCUUAGAUCAGCAACAUUUGGAAAAGAAUCGCGUUCUUCAUAAGGGCACUUUCUGUUUGGCUCUAGUUGAAGUGGUGGAUGAUCGAUCGAAAUACAAAGAAAUGCCCUCGUGUUUCGUUGUGAAAGAUGCGGAUAUCGUUCAGAUUCGAGUUCUUUUCAUUUACGAUACGGCCUCUAAACCGUUUCCCCAGCUGGACAUCGCGAAUUUUGCAGAAGGAAACCCGGACACAAUGCGAGUGAGACAAGCAAUGAGCUUCUUCAUGAAUGGCGACUAUCGGGAGAGAUUGGCGCAAGUGACCAAUCCGGAGAUCGAUCAGCCUGGAACAAGCCGGCAAGCCUCUAAUAGCCGGCAAAAUAUCCUAUCAAACUUG